AUGACCCCAAUUGUGCCACAACAUUCCCUAUUUCUAGCUCGGAUGUCUCAAGUCUAUCACUUGAGUCUUGCGAAUUACGCAAACCGUGCUAAUGCUGGAGAUGAAAGUAAUGAGUUUGACAAUGUUAUUUCCGCCGACUUUGUCAAUCAGCGGUAUAUGAGGCCCAGCGACAAAUCCCUUCACGCCAUGGCGACCACACGAAUGGGCCGUACAAAAUAUAUCUUUAUUGCAAUCGAACCAAAUCGGCGAGUUGAGCACGGGACAUAA